AUGAAAUACACAUCAAAUUUACAUAACUUCUUAAAUUGUGCCUUAAUCUUUGUAAAUUAUUGUGAAUAUGUUAAUAAGUUAUCAAUUGUUUGGAUCGAUGAAACUAAAUAUAUAAGUCAACAUCACGAACUCAAAGCAGAAGACAACGAACCAGUACAAAAGCAUUUAUCAAUCGAAAGUCAAGUACAAUUUGUUGAAAAAUUUUUACCAAACAGCAUUUACGUAAAAUAA